AUGUCUGCAUUCCGCAAGUUUGUCGGCAGCAGCAAACCCCCCUCCGGCGCCCAGGGUGCCAUCGGCCAGCCCGAUGCCGGCGACCUCCCUCCUCCCGCUUUCGGCGAAGAACGUCUCUGGGGCAUCGAGAACUUUUCCAACUCUUGCUACUGCAACUCGAUCCUCCAGGCCCUCUACGCGUGCACGACGUUCCGCGAGUUUGUCGAAGCCUAUCCCGAUGUCCUCCCGCCCAGGCGGCCGCUCGGCCCAUCGCAGUCGAACAAGCUCUACCCAACUCAUGAUUGGGACGCAGCAGUGCCAGGGUGGGAUGCAUCAGUCAGGCUCAACACCCAGCACAAGGCGUUUGCGGCUACCCAGGAAGUAGCGACGCCCAUGAGCCCUGCCGGAAAGGAGAAGCGAAACUGGAUGGGGAAGAAGCAGUCGACUAUCGGGCAGGCUACCCCCACACUGGCGUCUUUGCAGAUCAACGCUCCCCCUCCCCUCCCACACCCAUACCCCGAAUACUCGGACCCGCUUCUAUCAGGAAGGCCCCCAGCAGAAUACGUGCCUACCAUAUUCCAGACACUCCAAACGCUCUUCUACCAUUUCUCCCAUUCUCCACCUCACAUGCCUAUCAAGGAGAAGGGCCAGACGCGGGAAGCAAACUCUGCUUUGGUAUCGUAUACCGAAGAAAAGAAGCGUGAAGGGGUAAACGGCUCAGAUGAUCCAGAAGCACCUGGCUCUCCUCCGCCCCCGCCCCAACCUCAACCCGCCGAGCCUCAAUCACCAGGCCCCAACGGCGCUAAUCCUCCCGUCCCCCAAGGCCCCUCCAAACUCGCCUCUAUGCCCCCUCCCUCCACCCUUCGUGAAUCUGGCCCCUGGCGCGCGGGUCAAGUCGGCUGGGGCGUCGUCCAGCCAUCCGACGUUAUUGACGCUGUCAAGCGUUCCAGUCCCGAUUUCAACAAUGACGACCAGCACGAUGCGCACGAAUUCUUCAAUCUGGUGGUCAAUAAUCUCAAGGACUCCAUGACGGCUGUGGAUGCGGUAUUGGAAAGGGAGGGCAAAGGUGUGGUGGAUAUGAGCAAGAACCCUUGGGCACAGAACUUUGUGCAGGUCUUGUUUGAGGCGCUUGGGGACAAGCAGGUCAAGUGUCUGAGCUGUGAGAGUACGAAAGCACAAGAGGAGAUCUAUCUGGACUUGGGUAUCCCUAUAGAGCAACACUCCUCUGUCUCCCACUCUUUGCGCCAGUUUACCGAUACCGAGCACCUCUGUGGCACCAACAAGUUUCUCUGUGAUAGCUGCGGCGGUCAUCAAGAAGCUGAAGUGGGUAUCAAGAUCAGGCGCUUGCCACCCAUCCUAGUAUUGCAUCUCCAACGAUUCGAAAACAUUGACUGGACUCACACUCAGAAACUGUUUUACCGUGUCCAAUGUCCUGAUACUCUGCGGGUGCCUACAGCGGCUACGGAUGACAAUCCCAACCCAGAUCAGCUCUAUGAACUGGUAGCUAUCGUCGUUCACAUUGGAAUCACCCCUACACAAGGACAUUAUGUGACCUUGAAACGGAUCCCCUCGGGAUUGUGGGUCAUGUGCGACGACGACAACAUUGAGCCUGUCCCUGCCUCUGACCUCUUUCACUGGCUCGGUGACCGCACUCAAGGUCAAAAUUAUGUCCUCUUUUACCAAGCUGUCGAUGUCUCUGCUCAAGACUUGGGACUCAAGGUGGAGAAGAGAAAGCCGGACGGCGUCUUCAAGCCGGUGGGAGAGGGGGUCAAGAUCUUGGACAGGAAAGGGGAUGAUGAAUGGAGGUUUGGGAGCUUGGGGUCUGCCGCUGGAGCGCUAGUGCAAGAGAGGGACGAAGAGUCGGUUGUGGGCUCUGUCCCGUCGCCGGGGCCAGCGCUUGCUUCGAUUCCGCCCAGUGCACCUUCGCCCAUGGCUGACGGUGUAGACCGCCAACUCGGCUUCAACACUGUCCCCGUCGCAUCCCCUACGCCCUUGACAAGUCUCGCACCUACCCCCUCCUCGCUUGAAUCGUCCUCUGCCGGAAGGCCUCUGAUGAGGAAGGAGCCGAGCGAGGGCGGUAAAAAGUGGUAUAGGAAUAGAAUGUCGAUGACGGGAAAGGACAAGGACAAGGGACUGAAUGGGACUGGGAGACCUGGGACCGGGGGAUCGAUGGUCUCUUCAAGGCCAUCUACGGCGCAGUCGGCAACAAGCGCAUACCCGCAUCCCAACGGCGACUCGGGUUCCCAUGGAGGUGUGGCAAUUCAAAGCCCAUCUACAGCCACUUCGCCCAACCAGAUGAGCAGCUCGGUGAUGUCGUCCUUUUCCGGAUUGUCGACUUCUACUGGGACGUCCUCUGGGCCAGCGCAGAGUCUGCCGAGCAACCCCAUCCAGCACCCCACCCCACUCCCUCCCUCUACAACCGCAUCAUCCCCGCCUUCCCAUGCGCCAACGCCCAAGCCAGUCCCAAGCUCCACACCGAGCAUUGCGCCGUCUCAGGUAUCUGCCAUGUCUUCUCUCGGGCACAAAGCCACUCCUUCCGUUCCCAAAGCUCCCCAGCCUCGCGCGACCUCGGGGGCUUCCUCAAACGCAGGUAUUCCCGCGAACGGUGGAAGCGGGUCGCUCAGCAGGCGAUUGUCUGGUAUGGGCGGAAAGCUGGGGAGGAGCGGGAGUAUGGCAUUCGGCAAGAUGCUGGGCAAAAAGGAGAAAGAUGGGAUACAGGAAAAGUAG